AUCCCCGCGACUGCAGCAGCGCCGGCUCCCUCCCGGUCCCCGCCUCGGCCCCGGGCUCCGAAGCGGCUCGGGGGCGCCCUUUCGGCCAGUGUCGUCGUCGACCCCCUCCCCAGCCCCCGCCCCUGGGGACCCAGGCUCGCCAGCGCCCAGCCAGGGAGCCGGCCGGGAAGCGCGAUGGGGGCCCCUUCCGCCCUGCCCCUGCUCCUGCUUUUCGCCUGCUGCUGGGCGCCCGGCGGGGCCAACCUCUCCCAGGACGGCUACUGGCAGGAGCAGAAUUUGGAGCUGGGAACUCUGGCUCCACUGGACGAGGCCAUCAGCUCCACAGUCUGGAGCAGCCCUGACAUGCUGGCCAGUCAAGACAGUCAGCCCUGGACAUCUGAUGAGACAGUGGUGGCUGGUGGCACCGUGGUGCUCAAGUGCCAAGUCAAAGACCAUGAGGAUUCCUCCCUGCAGUGGUCUAACCCUGCCCAGCAGACUCUCUACUUUGGGGAGAAGAGAGCCCUUCGAGAUAAUCGGAUUCAGCUGGUUCGAUCCACGCCCCACGAGCUCAGCAUCAGCAUCAGCAACGUGGCCCUGGCGGACGAGGGCGAAUACACCUGCUCCAUCUUCACCAUGCCUGUCAGAACUGCCAAGUCCCUCGUCACUGUGCUCGGAAUCCCACAGAAGCCAGUCAUCUCUGGCUACAAGUCAUCGUUACGGGAAAAGGACACGACCACCCUAAACUGUCAGUCUUCUGGGAGCAAACCUGCAGCCCAGCUCACCUGGAGGAAAGGUGACCAAGAGCUCCACGGAGAGCCAACCCGGAUACAGGAGGAUCCCAACGGCAAAACCUUCACCGUGAGCAGCUCGGUGACCUUCCAGGUCACCCGGGAGGAUGACGGGGCGGACAUUGUGUGCUCUGUGAACCAUGAGUCUCUAAAGGGGGCUGACAGGUCCACCUCUCAGCGCAUCGAAGUCUUGUACACACCGACGGCGAAGAUCAGGCCGGACCCUCCCCAUCCCCGCGAGGGCCAGAAGCUGUUGCUACACUGUGAGGGCCGAGGCAACCCCCUCCCCCAGCAGUACCUGUGGGAGAAGGAGGGCAGCGUGCCACCCCUAAAGAUGACGCAGGACAGCGCCCUGAUCUUCCCCUUCCUCAACAAGAGUGACAGUGGCACUUACCGCUGCACGGCCACCAGCAACAUGGGCAGCUACAAGGCUUACUACACCCUCAAUGUCAACGACCCCAGUCCGGUGCCCUCAUCCUCUAGCACCUACCAUGCCAUCAUCGGUGGGAUCGUGGCUUUCAUCGUCUUCCUCCUGCUCAUCCUGCUCAUCUUCCUCGGCCACUACUUGAUCCGGCACAAAGGAACCUACCUGACACACGAGGCGAAAGGCUCCGACGACGCUCCAGACGCGGACACAGCCAUCAUCAACGCAGAAGGCGGGCAGUCGGGCGGGGACGACAAGAAGGAAUAUUUCAUCUAGGGGCACCCCCCAGGGACCCCAUGGGGACUGCUGGGGCCAUCACCAACCGGACUUGUACAGAGCGACCGCAGGGCCGCCCCUCCCGCUUGCUCCCCAGGCCCCCCCCCCCCCCCCUACCCGAGAACUACGUCUCGUCGUUCGGUUGGGUCGGUUUCGGUUUUACGUACCGGUUU